ACACGCAAAAAAAGACCGUGAAAAAAAGGCGCUCCGGCGCCACGCCAAAUACCCCUCCGUCGCCCGCUCCCGCGUCUCGUCGAGACAAAACCAAUCCGCCAAACCAAAGCCAUCCGGCUCCUGCGCGAUGGCCGUGGCGAGGCACCACCACCGCGGGGCGCCCUCGCGCUCCGCGGACCGGUUGCGGCGCGGGGGCGGCGUCAUACGGUGCUCGUCGCCGGCGCAGGAGUUCGCCGCUCUGGCGUCGCUGUUCCGGCGGCGGCUGGUUGUGGGGGCCACGACGGCGGCGGCCGCGGCGGUGGGGGGCAACUUCGGCGGCGUCACGAGCUUCCUGCUGGGGCUGUCGCCGGAGCUCGGCAGGUCGCUCCGCCUCGACGUUCUCUACCCCGUCGGCGGGUUCACCCGCUGCCUCGACUCGGACAACGGGUUCGAAUUUAUCUAUCCAUCAAAUUGGGUUGGAGAUCAGACUCUACUAUACAGAGAAGUGAAGAAGGCAGAAUUGCAGAGAUCACUAGACCCGCCACCGAUCGGGAUAUCUCCAUCUCGACCUCGAAACAUUAGUGAACCUGUGGCAGCAUUUGGCCCCCCGGGAUCGAAUGGGGAACUCAACGUCAGUGUCAUUGUCUCACCUGUCCCGCAAGACUUCUCGAUUGAGGCUUUUGGUGGUCCGAAAGAUGUUGGGGAGGUGGUGCUGAGAAGGAUCGCCAGGGCAAGGCGAAGCCCGGACAUCAACGCUACUCUUAUUGAUGCCGCCUUGAGAGAAGAUGAGGACAAUGUGAAAUACUACAAGCUAGAGUUCCGAGUUGAAAGCCCUUCUUUCCGACGUCAUAAUGUUGCUGUCUGCUGUGCGAGGGACGGCAAACUUUACACCAUGAAUGCGCAAGCACCAGAAUCGGCGUGGAAAGCAGUUCAGAAAGAGUUCUUUGCAAUGGCAGAUUCCUUCAGUCUAGUGGUUGAUGCUUGAUAUGGUAGUCACACAGUUUUGUACCCCUGAGCCUUUUUUCAGUAGUUUGUAAAGUACGGGAUAUCAUGGUUUCAUGUAUAGGACUUAGAGAAAUGUAUCAUAAUGCUGUUGUUACAAGGUAAAAAUAAAAAACAGGCAAUACAUGUUACCGUAUUUACUAAAAUAGAUAA